GAAGUGUGAGGGGUGUUUCCAGCUGAUCUGCACAACAGAAGGACCAGAGUCUCACCCUCAGCAGCCCGACCUCCCUGCACCUUCUCCGGGCACCACAGCAGAGCGGACCGGCCGCCGGCAGGUCUGCACCCCCACAGGACGGACCUGAUUCGGGAUUAAUAUCUGGUGUCCCCCCCCCCACCACCUUCCUGUCUCCGCGCCUGCGCUCCUCUUAGCCGCCUGUUAGCUACCGUGAACCGGUGCCGUCGCUAGCUGCUAGCCCGGACUGUCAUGAUCCCAGCUCGGAGAUGGCGUCCUUCCCCGGUUUGUGUAAGGCUGUCGGGCCCGCGGAGGAGGAGAACGGAGAGCUGGACGGGUCCCUGCAGCAGAUGCUGAAGGCCAUCGCCGACGAGAGGAACCGACUGAACAUCCGCCAGGAGAUCAGCGGACUCGGCUGCUUUAAGGAUGACCGCAUCGUGUUUUGGACGUGGAUGUUCUCCACGUAUUUCAUGGAGAAGAGGGCUCCUCAACAGGACGACAUGCUGUUCUACGUCCGCAGGAAGCUCGCCUACGUCAGUGCAGAAAACACCGAGGGCAAAAAGGUGGAGGUGGAGGUCUACAGGAGAGACUCCAAGAAGCUGCCGGGCCUCGGAGACCCGGACAUCGACUGGGAGGAGAGCGUCUACCUGAACCUCAUCCUGCAGAAGCUGGACUACGUGGUGACGUGUGCCGUGUGCACGCGCUCAGACGCAGGAGAUAUCCACAUCCACAAGAAGAAAUGUCAGGAAGUGUUUGCAUCUCCCAGCAAACACGCCAUGGACAGCAAAGGAGAGGAGUCCAAGAUGAGCUACCCGAACAUCUUCUUCAUGAUCGACAACUUUGAGGAGGUGUUCAGUGACAUGACGGUGGGCGAGGGGGAGAUGGUGUGCGUGGAGCUGGUGGCGAGCGACAAGAGCAACACCUUCCAGGGCGUCAUCUUCCAGGGCUCGAUCCGCUAUGAGGCCCUCAAGAAGGUCUACGACAACCGGGUGAGCGUCGCUGCUAAGAUGGCCCAGCGGAUGUCUUUUGGCUUCUACAAGUACAACAACAUGGAGUUUGUGAGGAUGAAGGGGCCGCAGGGCAAAGGUCACGCCGAGAUGGCCGUCAGCAGGGUGCCGACGGGCGACACCUCCCCCUGCGGCACCGAGGAGGACCAGGUGUCCCCCAUGCACGAGAGGGUGACGUCCUUCAGCACACCUCCGACCCCCGAGAGGAACCGCCCCUCCUUCUUCUCUCCAUCGCUGAGGCGGAAAGUUCCCCGAAACCGAAACGCAGAGAUGAAGAAGUCUCACUCGGCCAACGACAGCGAGGAGUUCUUCAGGGAGGAAGACGACGAAGAUCUUCACACCACCACCAACCUCCGCUCCCGCUCUCUGUCGGGGACCGGACGCUCGCUGGUCGGCUCCUGGCUCAAACUCAACCGGACGGAUGACUACUUCCUGCUCUACUCACACCUGACCUACGUCACGCUGCCGCUGCACCGCAUCACCACAGAUAUCCUGGAGGUCCGGCAGAAGCCCAUCCUGAUGACAUAGCAGAGCUGGACUCAGAGCGUCACUACCAAGUGCCUCCUGCAUCAGGCCACUGAGACCACAGCAGCGCCGCCCGGUGGCCAGAGCGACCACCGAACACCUGAAGACGAGUCGGAGGAGACGACCCGAACGCAGAGAGACUCUGUCAGAGGGGACGACAAACCAACCAGCCAUCCGAGAAGUGCCUCUUCUUCUUCUUCUCUCUUUCAGUCCCCUGCUGGGUCCAAGAGGUCGUCUCCACAGAAACGGGCCUGGCGUCAGGAUCACAUGAUGUUUAAAGUAUUGUUAAAAAAAAAAAAAAAAAAGGCUUUGGCUGAACUCUGACCGGAAGGUGAGGGAGGUGGAGAACGUGCGUGUUCCUGUAAAUAUCCUGCUGCUUUACUCACUGAGACGCCUUGACCGAAGGUUCUGCUUUCGACACGUACGAACCGCGUGGAGUUAUUCUUUUUGUAAAAUAUUUACACUCAAGACGGCGUGAGGCGUUUUUUUUUUUGUAUGAGAGGAAACGGUAAAUGUGCACAGCUUCCCUCCUAUAACCGGGCGAAGCGGGGGUCGCAUCCCCUCCCCGUGUUUAUUCAGACACGUUCACAACAGGAAAUGGAUUACUAGUCGCUCAGUUAACACAUUUAUUGACUCGUAAGUAUCUGAAAGUCACCAGUGUUCAUCACAACUUUGACUUCAUGCUGAUUAUUCUGUCAGUGCUCCAAUACCAACAGUAAGAAGCACACGAGAACCUGUAACCAGCACUUAUUUGGUACUUUUUACUGUUUUUCUGUGAUGAUCAGCAGAUUCAUUUUCUUUUGCUCAGCUACCUGAAACAUAAUCCAGUUCACAGCAACAAGUAGAAUAUGACAACUACUUAAACAAGAACAACAUGUAUCUGGUAAAACUUUUAUUAAAAUAUAUAUUAAAAAAUAUAUAAAAAUGACUUAAAUCAAAAUAAAAUCAUAAUUUUACAAGAAAUAAAAGAACCACUUUAUUCUCAUGUUGUGAAAGUAAAAUCACAGUUUUGGGUUUUUCCCUUUAAAUAUUCCAACUGGCUUCAACGUUUCUGUGGCUCUUCUGAUCAGUCGGUCCCAGCUGGGUGCUUUUAUAUGAGUGUAAGCCCCGCCCUUCAGGUGGACCGCCACAGGACCUUAUUUAGGAAAAAAUAUGUUCAGUAGUCAACGGCGAGAGACAACUAAUGUUUUGAUCCCGUUUGAUUUGUGUCCUGAGCUACACACACGAUGUUUGUCAAAAAGAUAAUUUAAAGUCAAGAAAGUCGCAGUUUGUCAUAAAACGGUUGAAGUAUAAGACUAACGUGACAGAAGCUAAAAUCACCGAUGCUAAUCUUACUGAUGCUACAAUCACUGAUGCUAACGUGACAGAAGCUAAUGUUACUGAUGCUAAAAUCACCGAUGCUAAUGUACUGAAGCUAACGUGACAGAAGCUAAUGUUACUGAUGCUAAAAUCACCGAUGCUAAUGUACUGAAGCUAACGUGACAGAAGCUAAUGUUACUGAUGCUAAAAUCACUGAUGCUAAUGUGACUGAUGCUAACGUA